CUCCGUCUCUACCCCUCGUUACUUGUUUUUUUUUUUUACAUCGUUUACUAAUUUCUCUGAGCGGAUUGUGGUGUUCAUAGAGUUUUAUUUUUUCAACUGGAAAAAAAGGAAAAAUGGGACAACAAUCGUUGAUAUAUAGCUUCGUGGCUCGCGGCACGGUGAUCCUCGCCGAGUAUACAGAGUUCAAGGGCAAUUUCACCUCCGUCGCCGCUCAGUGCCUCCACAAGCUUCCGUCGUCAAACAACAAGUUUACCUACAAUUGCGACGGCCACACUUUCAACUAUCUCGCUGACAAUGGCUUCAGUAAGUCUCUCAUUCCGAUCUCAACAACGUCCUCAUGUGGGAUUUCCUAUUGUGUCGUCGUUGUUGAAUCUGCUGGGAGGCAGAUACCAAUGGCUUUCUUGGAGCGAGUCAAGGAGGAUUUCAGCAAGAGAUAUGGUGGUGGCAAAGCUGCCACUGCUAAAGCUAACAGCUUGAACAAAGAAUUCGGGUCUAAACUGAAGCAGCACAUGCAAUAUUGCGUGGAUCAUCCUGAGGAGAUUAGCAAACUUGCCAAGGUGAAGGCUCAGGUGACUGAAGUGAAAGGUGUUAUGAUGGAGAACAUUGAGAAGGUCCUUGACCGUGGAGAGAAAAUCGAGCUAUUAGUAGACAAAACUGAAAACCUUCGCUCACAGGCGCAAGCUUUUAGAACACAAGGAACAAAGAUGAGAAGAAAAAUGUGGCUAGACAACAUGAAGAUAAAGCUCGUAGUUUUUGGCAUCAUAGUCGCUUUGAUUCUCAUCAUCUUCUUGUCGGUUUGCCAUGGCUUCAAGUGUACUUAAACUCGAUCCCGAGCAAUUUAUCAGACCCACAUUUGCUUCUAAGCUCAUUAGGUGUAGUUAUCCCCUUUUUCUCUUUUCUCUUUUCUCUUUUCUUGUUUUCUCUUUUCUAAUAGGCAGAGAAAUUU